AUAAAAAAAGAAUCCACUUUAAGAAGUUCCAAUACUUCGAAGCAUCAGUUAGAAACUUGAGAAGUGAGUACUCCCAUAAGAUGAAAGUUUAUUAUAUUUUACUUAUUGCGGCGAUGACAGUUUGUGAUGUAAAAGCUUAUACAUCGGUAAUUAUGUCCGAUGCUGAUACAGAGGAUCUUGGUGACUGCUACACAACUAUCGAUGGUAUAGGUGCCCUAAAAAGUGGAGUAGAGAAGCAAAAAGAAGGAGAGUGUGCUGUAGUAUGGUGUUCAGAUAAUAGAGAAAUACAGGAAAAUGGGUGUGGUGUUGUAGGAACUGAACCUCCCUGUACAAUAUUGCCAGAAGACUUAUCGAAGCCAUACCCAUACUGUUGCGAAAGUGUAUCGUGUCCUCCUGACGCUAAAUAAUUUCAGUCAGAAAUCGUUACCUAUACUAAAACCACAAUAAAGAUGCACUAGGAAUAAACAAACCAAGACACGAGACACGUUAAAUGUUACUAGGAGCUAUCUAUCUAUUUACGGGUACAAUUGCACAAUAAUUAUUCAAUUGUUAACAACAUCUUGCCGUAUUCCCGUCAUCCUUUGCCAAGCCCCUCUGUCCAAGGCAUCUUGGAGAAACCUUGUACCCUGUAAACGUACCUCUAUCCUACCAUAUAUUGGCUAUUAAUACAGGGGGGUUCGUUAAGAGGGGUCCGAAAAAAAAUCUAUCCUUAGAAAAACUCGAAAUCGUCAGAUUAAGAUAAGGUAAGUUAACAGGUUGACGGACAGUGCGUCAAAUGUAUAAGCAAGUGUUGUGACAUUAUAUUUAUUUUGCAAAGAGAAUCAGGAAAUUCUGAAUUUCUUUUAGCGCUUAUAGUUUAUGGAAACAAUAAGUUUUUUGUUGUAAACAUGUGGAUAACGACCAUGGAAGUAGUGUCACAUUUCAUAUGCAUCUGUAGAUGUAAUAUGACAUCUUUUGACACCGAUUAUUUGCCACAACUCGAUAUUUUAAAAAUGUCGUCUAUAGACGUUGUCUCACAUUACAUCAAUAGAAAUUAGACGUCUAUAGACGUUCUGUCCGUCAACGUGUUAAGUACAUGCAAAACAGUGUAUAUGUAAAAAAUCUUACGAUUCGAGCAGGGCGUACGGAAAUGGAUGAGUCACAAAGUCACAAAAUGAACGUCAGAUCGAAAAACUAAAAAAUACGUGUAGUCGAGGAAAUGAAGCAUUUUGGCUCGCAAUUUUUUCGUCCAGCAUGGAUUUACUUGAAAUUUUCACAGAAGGUAGGGAAUAGUCCAAUGAUCAUUUUCUAUAUCAUGCUGCUGUACGCUAAAACCUUGAGGGCAGUUGCCACCCCAUCUCGGGGGUGGGAAUUUUUUAUUACAUUUUAACCAUGUAAAUCGAUGUAAAAGGCGAUUUUAAGAAAAAAAUGUUUUUUACUUUUUUUCGUAAACUCAUAUUUUUCGAGUUAUUCGUGGUUGAAAGUAACAGUUUUUCACCGGAAAAAUCGACUUUUUUAAAGGGUUUUUUGAGAAUAACUCAAAAAAUAUGCAUUUAAUCAAAAAAACUGUAGAUAUAAAAAUUGUAUCUUUUAGUAUCACAAACAUAACUGUUUUUCUACAAUAUUUUUACGACCAAUACAAACCGAGAUACGGCAUGUUAAAGGUUAGCUUUUUUCGUAAAAUGCAUAAUUCGAAAUAAUGAAAGCCAAAUAACGGGAAAACGUUGAAUUUUUCCAGGAAUAUUUACAUGAUAUUUUUUCAAGCAUACAAUAAGAUCUUUCAAGAAAAAUAAUAAAAAGUUUCUAGCAUAAAUAUUGAGCAACUUAUGAUCAAAAAAAAAGUCGGUACCUAUUUUUCUCUAAGAAAAAAACAGUCAAAACAACCCCAUAACUACCCUCGUAACUAAAAAUUGGUCUUCGCCUUUCUGUAAUUCCUUUUAUGUUUAUAUUAUGAAUACACCCAAGAAGUUUGACCUAUUCAAAAGGCCUAAUUUUAGAAAAAUUGGAGUUUAAAGAAAAAUUGAUUUUUUGCAAUUUUGCAUUUUUUAUCAUUUUCUUCAAAAUAUCUCGGAAAAUACUAGAGAUACAAAAAAAAAUGAUAGGCUACUAAAUUGUAGUUUUUUUAUUAGCUAAAAUUUUUUAUGCAUAGAUUUUCAUUACAGUGAACAGUUAGCAAGAUAUAGCUGUUUAAAACAUCUAUUUACGAACAAAAAUCCCCUUAUUCGAGCCCUUUAAACACACCUCAAUUAAAAAUUAAGGGAUCUUACGAAAUUUAAUUUACACAGUCUUAUUACUCUUCAAAAAUCCUACAAAACUAUUAUUAAAAAAACUUUUUAUCGCCAAAAAUGAAGAAGGUAUGUUUAUAAAACUAAUUUUUUUUCGAAAAAUUCGAUUAGUCCCCUUAUUUUCGAUUAUUUUCAAUGUACCUAUAUAAUACCACAGAGCCGGUUCGUAUACUGAAUGACUAAAAAACUAUUUGUAUGUGUAUUUUUAUAUAUUUGUAAAUUCGUAUUUUUGUGUAAAUAAAUGUUUUUGUAAUUCUUUAAUUCUACUUGUUUUUCUGUAUCGAUCUAUUAAAUUGUCUACUUAUAAAAAUUGCAAUGUUAUUACGGGUGGUUUUUAAGGGUUGAAGUAUUAUGAUAUUAUAUCCUAAAGCAUAAAACAAUCAUUAUUUAACCAGUCAAAACCAAAUUUUACCUAUAUUAAAGUUUACAAUGUUUUUACAUAAUUUUUGACAAUAAGGGUAGUUUACACCCCUAAAAAUAAUCAACGCCCUUGAGCAUGAUAUAGAAUAUGAAGUACAGGGUAAGAUGAUCCUAACCCUAAAUUUUUAUGUAAAUUGAUGCAAGCCGAAAUUAUUCUUUUAGGAUAAGUAAACUUUUCAUAUAUAGCUUCAACAAGGGUGCUUUUAAGGGUUGAAAUAUUGUGAUAUUAUAUCUUAAAGCACAAAACAAUCAUUAUCUAACUAAUAAGAAGCAAAUGUUGACAAUAUUAAAGUAUAAAAUGUUAUAUUAUAAUUUUUUACAAUUAGGGGUUGUUCUCACCCUUAAAAAACCAAAAGCGUACAACGGCUCAAUAUAGAAAAUGAACUAGAUGGUGAAAUGAGCCUAAUCCCAAAUUUUUGUACAAAUCUAUGCUGGACGAAAAAAUUGCGAGGUUUUGCCAUUUUUCCAGCUUCAUUUCCUCGACUAGUGUUCAAUAUUUUUCCAAAAUCUAUCGAAUGAUACCAAACACGACCUCCCACGGAGAGGGGUUAAAUUGAAAAUUUUAAAUACGAACCCCGCGAUAUACCCCGCGUAAAUUGCGGUCAUACAUCGAUCUCCUGACGCUCUCAUUUCAUGACCUUCACGGUCUACCCCGCUUUCUUCCUCCUGGUGCUCUCCACUGAAAUAUUUGUUUAGGCCAACGUUCUUCAGGCAUUCUUGAUCUUAACAGGUGUCCAAACCAUUUCAAUGAUCUUCUUUCUAUUCUAUCUACUACCGUUUCCUCAGCGUUCAUUCUUGUUUUUACUUCUUCGUUAUUUUCCUUUCCCAUCUUGAAAUUCUUGCACUUCUUAUAUAGUCCAUUUCAACGGCUAGUAGCCUUCUUUUCAGAUCUGCGUUGAGAGUCCAUACUUCCGAGUCAUAACACAAUACCGACUCCAUUAUUGCUCUGCCCGCCCAUUUCUUGUUUUUAUUAAAAAUAUUCUUAUCCCACCAAAAUGAAUUCAAACUUCCCACAAUUUGCCUGCCUUUUCAGAUUCUCUGCCUUAUCUCUGCUCCCUCCAAUCCGGUCUUGUCAAACAAUGCUCCCAGGUAUUUAAAUGUUUCCACUCUGUUUUUGUUACACUCACUGCAGUCCCCACUUUUGAUACUCAUGAUACAACCUCAUGAUACAACCUUGUAAAUCAUAAUUUGGGAUUUACAAUGUAUAUACAUUGUACAUCAUUACAUAUUUGGUAGUGCUCCUUUUAACAACCUUUUCACGAUCUAGAAUUUAUGAUGAUGAAAAGGUUGUUAGAAGGAGCACUCCCUAAUUAUUUACAAUGUAUAUACAUUGUAAAUUCCAAAUCACGAUUUAGAAAGUUUAUACAUUUUAAAUCAUGAUUCGGCAGUGCUUCUCAUAAUAUUCAAUGUGUCUUGGUUUGUUUAUUUCCAGUGCAUCUUUUUUGUGAUUUUAGUAUAACUAAGAAGCAUGCUUUUACCUAAGUUUUAAAUUCAAGACGUUCCUAUAUUGCAAUUAAAAGUUUCAAAGCUUUCA